AUGCUCAAGGACAAAUACGGGCUUCCACGCAUGGUCACGGGAAGGUUGCUCGACAAACUAUUUUCGCUGAAGCAGAUUGAAUUCAACGAUCUAGCCAGCAUGCAGCAGGUCACUGUGGAAUGCACAGAGACUCUAGCUGCAUUAAGAAAAAGGGGCACGUCCGAACAGCUAGUAGAAUGGAUGCUAGCGUACUGGACGAUACAACAUUUCACUCCGAAAUUGGAGCUGGAAUGGCAGAGAUCGCUCGGCCUCUCGACUAACUACCCGAUGUUCGAGGAUGUCCGAACCUUCAUCGAUCAUCACGCGCAAGCUCUGCUUUCGAUGAAAGAGGACCGUCGAGAGGCAGCUCUCGCCCCGGAAACAAAAUCCCGCAUGCCGAAGCCCAUCGACGCUCGACCAAAAAGCGUCGCUUCGAAGCCUCUGGCAAGCCAUAACGUCGUUAUGGGAACCGACUCGGCCCCAAACCCGAGACGCUCAUGUUCCGCAAACGACGGGCGAACCAAACAAAUGCGGAUGCCAGUAUGCGGAUUCUGCACUGGGGCACACAGUCUGCCUCAAUGCACCAAUUUUCAAGUGCUGACGCCAAAAAUGCGUCACCACUACGUACAGAACCGCAUGGCCUGUGCGCUAUGCCUCGAAUUUUCUCAUACGGCAUCGCAAUGUCAGAGACCCCAGGUAUGCCAUCGGUGUAGGGGGAAGCAUCAUACCCUCCUGCACUAUGAUGGACUGCGGGAACAAAAUUAUCCGAGGCCGCAGGCGCAAAGUGCAUACGGCCAACGUGACGAGAGCGAUUACAACGCUCAACGACGAAGUACGGCCGUGUCGAAGCCGAAAGGCAAACCUUCGACUUCGAAGGCCUACAAGAAACGGGCUCGACAUCACACUGUACCGCGCUCGGUACAGGCGCACCGAGGACCGUGCUGCUAG